UCAACAGCUCCCCAUCCACAUCGUAUCGUCCUUAAAUCGACACAAGAUGCCUCUCUUCGUUCUCAGCCCCGCCUCGCUGGCCCACUCGGCCCUUUUCGCCGGCUACUACACGUACCUCGGCACCAAUGUUAUGGCUCUCCGCAUCAAGACCGGUGUCAUGCUCGGUGACGGUGGCGCUGGAUCCAUUCGCGAUGCCAAGCACAAGGCCGGCCCCUCGGAUGCUGUCGACGAGGCCAAGCUCAAGCGCAGUAUUCGCGCCCACGCAAACUUCUCCGAGACGACUCCCUUCGCAUUCUUCCUCAUCUUCCUCGCUGAGCUCAACGGUGCCCCCACCUCGCUUGUCCACGGCGCCUACACUGCCCUUCUCGCCUCGCGCGUUCUCCACGCCGAGCUUGGCCUCAAGACUGAUGACGUUCUCGGAAUCGGCAGGCCCGUCGGCAUCGUUGGUACCUGGCUCAUUACUCUCGCCGCCGGUGCUUACAACUUGAACCUCGGCUACGAGCCUCUCAAGUCUUUCCUGGGCUUCAAGUAAAGUGUCUUCGUUCCUGUAACCCCAGUCUCUGUUCUUAUGCCGUUGGAAGAAAGUAAAUUGCUACCACUUGG